UGUCACUCCCUAGCCUCAGGCAGCUUAAGUUUCGUCUUCCAUGAUAGGUAUUACCGAUUCCGGAACCUUGCAAUCUUGUAACUUGGAAUUUCUAUUUUUGUUGAUUUUUCGAUUAAUUGCUGCUAAAUAUCCGAAUUUGGGUUUGGAUUGGAACAUGUUAUGUUGGUGAAUUUCGCUUUAUUACCUUUUUUCUUUCAACUGUUAUCCAUUUUGUCUGAUUUAACACUAAUUUACAGUCAUUUUUUUGCCACGUUAAACUCGCAUUGAACGUGUGCUUGAUUUUAUACAUUGUUAGCUUUGUUGUGGGCGUUCAUACAUAGGGAAUAUUUGUUUUUGAUAACCGUGAUGUCCAGAUCAGCUUUCACUCAUCUUGACCGAUUCCACGCCCCAUGGGUUACCUGCCACCCCCACCGACAACGAACAAGUACCAGGUUUUGAAUUGAAAUGCUUAACCAAAUCACUCCGUCCAAAUUCCGAUCAAGCCCAAGAAUCUCAAUAUUUCUUUAGCUAUUGACAGUUGUCAUGGGGUUGAGCAAAACUGAAGUGAACUUGAAGAGGUUACUUGUAACUGCACCACAACAGCAAAAUCAAGCAAAGCUUAUACAUUAUGUUGCCACUUUGCGGGAACUACUGGAGCAGUUGGCUGAAGAGAGGAAUCCUGAUGGAUUACCAAGGGUUUCAAAAGCCAAGGUGAAUGAAUAUGCUGAGAAUAUUGAAGCCGUUGCUUCCAAGUUAGCUGUGUCCAUGCCUGAUGUGCACACGCCUGAGGAACCUGUGGCUGAGACUUCCAGCAGUGGAACUCCUAAAGCAGAAGAAAGUGUGAAUUCUGCUUCUGAAGGAUUGAGGAGAAGAUUCGGGGUUCAUUCACACAAUGAUGAGAGAUCUCGGGAUGCCAUUGAUUCUGAUCAAUCAUCAGCUGCAGUCAAACUGGAUGACGCUGGACGGACACAUAUUGACAAGCACAGGAAGCUUCAGGAGGAUUUGACUGAUGAAAUGGUUGUUUUGGCACGGCAGCUAAAAGAGAGCAGUCUCAUGAUGAAUCAAUCCAUCAAAAAUACCGAGAAAAUACUUGAUUCAACUGAGAAAGCAGUUGAGCAUAGCCUGGCAAGUACAGGACAUGCAACUUCAAGAGCUAUGGACAUUUAUUCGCGGAGUUUCAAGACUACAUGCUUCCAGUGGCUUUUGAUCUUUGUCAUGACAUUAGUCUUUGUCAUGGUUGUUUUACUUAUUCGAGUGACUUAGUAACCAACCCGUUGUUAGUGGAGAUACAACAGAACUCUUGCUUUUCUUUCUAUCUUUGUCUAGUACCAGAAGAUACCUCAUUAGUAGGGACAUGUUGAGGGGAUAGACGACCCUUUAGAUGCUGAAGUAUAAAUUCAAAACACCUGUAUUACUCUCCUUUAGAAAAAAACAUUCUAGAUGGAACAUGUGGGGUGAAUUACGAGUUUGUUUUUUGGAUUUUAGAAAAAGAAUGUACUCCUUAAAGAGAAGAUUUUCCAA